AUGUCGGACCUCUGGCGCUUUUGCCUGCCUCAUCGAAUUGUGGAGCUCGAUUAUCAACAAGACGAAGUCGUAUGGGAUGAGCCACCGUGUCGCAGGAACAGCCGGAUAACAUCAACGAAUAAGGCCCCUCCCGUCAUUGCCUCUGUUUGCCGUGAAUCGAGAGCCGUCGCCUUCGAGAGCGGCUGCCCUGAGCCACUACCAAGCCCGAACAAUGAAGAUGCUCAGGACUUCAACUAUAAUAUGGUUCGAAACCGAUGGCUCGACACGACGCGCGACUUCGUCCACACCAACUGGGACCCAUUCUACGAUAUCGAGUGGCAAAGCUACGAUUGGGGCGAUCCAGUACGUUGUCUCAUGUGGUACGCAGCGCGCACCGAGUCCCGCCAACUCUCAUUCACGCUGGGUCUCUUGCAGUGCUUUCAGCACCAUCCCAACCAGCCCCAUGAUCACUACAGAUGGACCCGUUCUGAGCUGGCAGACCUGUUACGCACAAAUCCUAGCUGGACGGUCAUCAUCUUACCACCCGUCAUUGUGCACGCCGACGCUGAGACUGCCGCGGGUCUAUUUGGCCUACUAGCCGAUGCGCGGGUGCAGCUUGUUGCUGCUGAUGACAAGGCAAGGAUCGAGGAGUUCCUGGCGCUAGAUACGGCGCCCAAUACCACCAUCGGCGCAGGUGUUGGACCAGAAGACCUGGUCUCGGCCAAGCUGAAGUUGCGGGAUGCAAUCGAUGCAGUCUUCGGAUCCGAAGACUCGGCGCCUGUGAUGCGCCCUGCUGUCAUGUUUCGACUUUGUACGGGAAGAUGCCCUUAG